UCGAGCGCAGCGGGUGCCCGCCGAAGGCUGCCCCCGUCAGAGCGCGUCUGCGUGCCAGGCAGCGGCGGCAUCCAACCUGCUUUAUUCCCCUGCCUGCAGCGCCACAGCGAGCGAGCGAGGAGGGGGAGAGAGGGAGUCUGUCUGCAAAGUGCUGCUCCCUGGUGCUCAGAGGCGGCUGCUCCAGCUCCAACUCUCAUUCAUUUCGCCGGUUAACAUGAGAGAUCAUGGCCGCCUUCGGGCUUCUCAGCUAUGAGCAGAGACCGCUGAAGCGCCCCCGGCUCGGGCCGCCCGACGUCUACCCGCAGGACCCCAAGCAGAAGGAGGAUGAACUUACUGCUGUGAAUGUAAAGCAAGGCUUCAACAAUCAGCCAGCCUUCACUGGAGAUGAACAUGGCUCUGCCAGAAAUAUUGUAAUUAAUCCAUCAAAGAUUGGAGCUUAUUUUAGCAGCAUAUUAGCUGAAAAACUAAAGCUUAACACUUUCCAGGAUACCGGAAAGAAGAAACCCCAAGUUAAUGCUAAGGAUAAUUAUUGGCUGGUUACUGCUCGAUCUCAGAGUGCAAUUCAUAGUUGGUUCUCUGACUUAGCGGGGAAUAAACCACUUGCUAUUUUGGCAAAAAAGGUUCCUAUCCUUAGUAAAAAAGAAGAUGUUUUUGCGUAUUUAGCGAAAUACUCUGUGCCAAUGGUUCGAGCAACAUGGCUGAUCAAGAUGACUUGUGCCUAUUACUCUGCUAUUUCGGAAGCUAAAAUUAAGAAGCGUCAGCCUACUGAUCCUAAUUUGGAGUGGACACAAAUAUCUACCAGAUACCUUCGAGAGCAGUUGGCCAAGAUUUCUGACUUCUACCAUGUGGCCUCCAGCACAAGUGAUGGCCCUAUCCCUGUACCACCGGAGGUGGAGCAAGCCAUGAAGCAAUGGGAGUAUAAUGAGAAGCUGGCAUUUCACAUGUUUCAGGAAGGGAUGUUAGAGAAGCAUGAAUAUUUGACAUGGAUCUUGGAUGUUUUGGAAAAGAUCAGACCAAUGGACGACGAUCUUCUUAAACUCUUGUUACCACUAAUGCUACAGUAUUCCGAUGAGUUUGUUCAGUCGGCCUAUCUGUCUCGUCGUCUUGCCUACUUUUGUGCACGGCGUCUUUCCCUCCUGCUGAGCGAUAGCCCCAGCCUCCUUGCUGCCCACUCACCGCACAUGAUGAUAGGACCGAACAACUCAAGCAUCGGGGCCCCCAGCCCUGGCCCCCCAGGCCCUGGCAUGAGCCCAGUGCAGCUGGCCUUCUCCGAUUUCCUUUCCUGUGCACAGCAUGGUCCUUUGGUUUAUGGACUUAGUUGUAUGUUGCAGACUGUCACUCUCUGUUGCCCAAGUGCCUUGGUGUGGAAUUAUUCCACAAAUGAAAAUAAGAGUGCGAACCCGGGCUCACCCCUGGAUCUGCUGCAGGUGGCCCCUUCCAGCCUCCCUAUGCCUGGUGGGAACACGGCUUUCAAUCAGCAGGUUCGGGCAAGGAUUUAUGAGGUGGAACAGCAGAUAAAAGAAAGAGGCCGUGCAGUGGAAGUUCGCUGGUCUUCUGACAAGUGCCAGGAGUCAGCGGCAGGGGUGACUAUUAGUCGUGUUUUACACACGUUAGAAGUCUUGGAUCGUCACUGUUUUGACCGAAUUGAUUCUAGCAAUUCAAUGGAGACGCUUUAUCAUAAAAUUUUCUGGGCAAACCAAAACAAAGAUAACCAAGAGGUUGCCCCCAGCGAUGAAGCUGUGGUGACGCUGCUGUGUGAGUGGGCUGUGAGCUGCAAAAGGUCGGGCAAGCACAGGGCCAUGGCAGUGGCCAAACUCUUGGAGAAGAGGCAAGCAGAAAUCGAGGCAGAGAGAUGUGGUGAAUCAGAAGUCCUAGAUGAAAAGGAGUCUAUUUCUUCAGCCUCUCUUGCUGGGUCUGGUUUGCCUGUUUUCCAGAAUGUUCUGCUAAGGUUUUUAGAUACACAGGCUCCCUCAUUGUCGGAUCCGAACAGUGAGUGUGAAAAGGUGGAAUUUGUGAACCUGGUGCUGCUGUUCUGUGAGUUCAUCCGCCAUGAUGUCUUCUCCCACGAUGCCUACAUGUGUACGCUCAUAUCUCGAGGAGACUUGUCAGUCACUGCCUCCACUGGGCCGCGCUCACCAGCAGGGGAAAAUGUGGACGAACACUAUUCCAAGGACCACGAUAUAAAAAUGGAGGAACAGAGUAUUAUGGCGCAUAUGGGCAUUGACUCAGGAACUACUAACAUUUUUGAUGAAGUAGACAAGAGUGACUUUAAAACUGACUUUGGUUCGGAGUUUCCAAUUUUUUCUCCCAUGCCUGGAGAGUCCUGUGAGAAUGCCAACCCCUCUUUGGGCAGAAGAAUGUCUAUUAAUGGUGAGAAAUUGACAAAGAGGGAAAAACCAAGGGAAUUAAUCUUUCCAUCUAAUUAUGACCUCCUCCGUCACCUGCAGUAUGCAACACAUUUUCCUAUACCUCUGGAUGAAUCUUCAAGUCAUGAGUGUAACCAGCGCACAAUCCUUCUCUAUGGAGUUGGCAAAGAGCGGGACGAAGCCAGGCAUCAGCUGAAGAAGAUUACCAAAGAUAUCUUGAAAAUCCUAAAUAAGAAGAGCACCACGGAGACAGGGGUUGGGGAUGAAGGGUCAAAGGCCAAGAAGAACAAACAGGAGUCAUUUCCCACCCUGGAGACCGUCUGCACAAAACUCCAGCUCCUCUCCUACUUUGACCAGCACCAGGUGACGUCGCAGAUCUCUAACAAUGUGCUGGAACAAAUCACCAGUUUUGCGUCAGGCACAUCCUAUCAUCUCCCUUUGGCCCACCAUAUCCAGCUCAUCUUUGAUCUCAUGGAACCAGCACUGAAUAUCAAUGGACUGAUUGACUUUGCAAUACAGUUACUAAAUGAACUGAGCGUUGUGGAAGCCGAACUGCUCCUAAAAUCUUCCAGCCUGGCAGGAAGUUAUACCACAGGACUGUGUGUCUGCAUUGUGGCUGUUCUCAGGCGGUAUCACAGCUGUCUGAUCCUAAAUCCUGAUCAGACAGCCCAAGUGUUUGAAGGGUUAUGUGGUGUGGUAAAGCACGUUGUAAACCCCUCCGAGUGCUCUUCCCCUGAAAGAUGCAUCUUAGCCUACCUCUAUGAUCUUUACGUGUCGUGUAGCCACCUCAGAAGUAAAUUUGGAGACCUCUUCAGUAGUGCCUGUUCAAAAGUAAAGCAGACCAUAUACAAUAAUGUGAUGCCUGCGAAUUCCAACUUGCGAUGGGAUCCAGACUUCAUGAUGGAUUUUAUUGAGAAUCCUUCAGCCCGAAGCAUCAACUACUCAAUGCUGGGCAAGAUCCUUAGUGACAAUGCUGCCAAUCGCUACAGCUUUGUCUGCAAUACCCUCAUGAAUGUAUGUAUGGGCCAUCAGGAUGCUGGAAGGAUUAACGACAUAGCCAACUUCUCCUCUGAGCUGACUGCUUGCUGCACUGUUCUCAGUUCAGAGUGGCUGGGGGUUCUGAAGGCUCUUUGCUGUUCUUCAAAUCACGUGUGGGGGUUUAAUGAUGUACUUUGCACUGUAGAUGUGAGUGACCUUUCAUUCCAUGAUUCAUUAGCUACUUUCAUUGCUAUUCUGAUAGCACGACAGUGUUUCUCCCUGGAGGACGUCGUGCAGCACGUCGCACUUCCCUCUCUCCUAGCGGCAGCGUGUGGAGAUGCGGACGCAGAGCCCGGGGCAAGAAUGACAUGCAGACUCCUGCUUCAUCUCUUCCGAGCUCCGCAGGCCUGCUUCUUACCUCAGGCAGCUGGCAAACCUUUCCCCGGAAUAAGAUCAUCUUGUGAUAGACACCUUUUAGCCGCUGCUCACAACAGCAUUGAAGUGGGAGCUGUUUUUGCUGUCUUAAAAGCAAUUAUGAUGCUUGGAGAUGCCAAAAUUGGCAGUAACAACGUCAGCUCUUUAAAGAAUGAGGACUUUGCCGUGAGAAGUUUACGGCGUGAUGGGAAUGCUGAUGACAUCUGGACUGCCUCUCAAAAUGUGAAAUCCUGUGGGAAAAGUAUUUCCAUAGAGACUGCCAAUUUAAGAGAAUAUGCCCGAUACGUCCUGAGGACUAUCUGUCAGCAGGAAUGGGUGGGAGAACAUUGCUUAAAAGAACCCGAAAGAUUGUGUACUGACAAGGAGCUUAUACUGGACCCUGUGCUUUCCAAUAUGCAAGCACAGAAACUGCUGCAGCUAAUCUGUUAUCCUCAUGGCAUUAAAGAGUGUACUGACGGAGACAACUUGCAAAGGCAACACAUUAAGCGCAUUCUUCAGAAUCUUGAACAGUGGACACUGAGACAGUCCUGGCUUGAGCUUCAGUUAAUGAUCAAACAGUGCUUGAAGGACCCUGGCUCCGGUUCUGUGGCUGAAAUGAACAACUUACUGGACAAUAUUGCUAAGGCAACAAUAGAGGUGUUCCAGCAGUCUGCAGACCUAAAUAACAACUCCUCUAAUUCUGGCAUGAGUCUCUUCAACCCAAAUGGCAUUGGAAGUGUUGAUGCAAGUAGCACGAGACAAAAUGGAAUAAAGACAUUUCUAAGUUCCUCUGAACGCAGGGGCGUGUGGUUGGUGGCCCCCCUCAUCGCCAGGCUGCCCACAUCUGUGCAGGGACGAGUGCUGAAAGCGGCUGGGGAAGAACUAGAGAAGGGACAACACUUAGGCUCCUCUUCAAAAAAGGAGCGAGACAGACAGAAACAGAAAAGUAUGUCUCUUUUGAGUCAACAGCCUUUCCUCUCACUGGUCCUCACCUGCCUUAAGGGACAAGAUGAGCAACGGGAAGGCCUCCUGACAUCUCUCCAGAAUCAAGUUAACCAGAUUUUAAGUAAUUGGAGAGAAGAACGAUACCAGGAUGACACAAAGGCACGGCAGAUGAUGCAUGAAGCUUUGCAACUUCGCCUCAAUUUGGUGGGAGGAAUGUUUGACACAGUACAGAGGAGCACCCAGUGGACCACGGACUGGGCCCUCCUGCUCCUUCAGAUAAUUACUUCCGGAACCGUGGACAUGCACACUAACAAUGAAUUAUUCACAACAGUACUUGACAUGCUGGGUGUUUUAAUCAAUGGAACGUUAGCCUCUGACCUAUCAAAUGCAUCCCCAGGUGGAUCUGAAGAGAACAAACGUGCAUACAUGAAUUUAGUAAAGAAACUGAAAAAAGAGCUAGGAGACAAGCGGUCAGAAAGCAUAGACAAAGUUCGACAGCUGCUACCUUUGCCCAAACAGACAUGUGAUGUCAUCACUUGUGAGCCUAUGGGUUCUUUGAUUGACACAAAGGGAAAUAAAAUUGCUGGAUUUGACUCUAUAGAUAAAAAACAGGGUCUCCAGGUCUCCACAAAGCAGAAGGUGUCCCCUUGGGACUUGUUUGAGGGUCAGAAGAACCCAGCUCCUCUGUCGUGGGCCUGGUUUGGGACUGUCCGAAUGGACCGCAAAGUGAUUAAGUACGAGGAGCAGCAUCACCUCCUUUUGUACCACACACACCCCAUGCCCAAGCCCCGAAGCUACUACCUCGAGCCACUGCCCCUGCCUCCUGAGGAGGAAGAGGAAGAGCCCACAUCUCCCAUUUCUCAGGAACCAGAAAGGAAAUCAGCUGAGCUGUCAGAUCAGGGAAAAACCACAACAGAUGAAGAGAAGAAGACCAAGGGAAGGAAGCGCAAGACGAAACCGAGCUCACGAGUUGAUGAGUAUCCCCAGAGCAACAUAUAUCGAGUGCCUCCCGAUUACUCGCCCAUUUCCUCUCAAAUGAUGCGCCAUCCUCAGUCCACCUUGUGGGGUUACACCCUCUCGGGCCAGCCCCAGCAGCCCGGCUUUUUCCUUCAGAGUCAGUCUCUUACUCCAGGGGGCUCCAGAUUGGACCCUGCUGGCUCCUUCGUUCCAACCAAUACCAAACAAGCUCUGUCCAACAUGCUGCAGCGCCGCUCAGGUGCCGUGCUGCAGCCGCCCUCCCUUCAUGCCAUCACCUCACAGCAGCAGCUGAUCCAGAUGAAGCUUCUGCAGCAGCAGCAGCAGCAGCGCCUUCUCAGGCAAGCCCAGGCUCGACCUUUCCAACAGGCCCAGCCAGGGGACCAGGCUGCUCUCUUUGCUGCACAAGCCCGACCCUCUCCUCAACUCCCCCAGUAUCCAGGGCUGCAGCAGGCACAGACCAUGCCCCAGGGCUAUACAAUGUAUGGAACACAGAUGCCUUUGCAGCAAACAGCCCAGCAGCAAGCUGGUGGUGUGGUCCUGUCUCCCAGCUACAACUCCAGGGUCUACCCAACUGCACACUCCAGCCCUGCGCUAAUGGAAAGACUCAGACAGAUUCAGCAGCAGCCCAGUGGCUAUGUGCAGCAGCAGGCCUCGCCGUACCUGCAGCCCUUGACUAGUUCUCAGAGACUGAACCAUCAGGCUUUACAGCAGAGCCCUCUGGUGGCCGGAGGAAUUGAUGCUGUUCUGACUUCUGCACAUCCAAACCUCCCCUCCGUGCCCCUGCCUCAGGAGCCCAUGAGGCCCAGACAGCCACAAGCUCGACAGCAGCAGAGACUCCUCCAGAUGCAGCAGCCUCAGCAGCCUCCCCAGCCCCAGCAGUCCUCACAGUCCCAGAAUCAGACCCUCGGUCUCCAAGCAAUGCAGCCCCAGCAGCCUCUGUUUCCCAGGCAAGGCUUGCAGCAGACGCAGCAGCAGCAGCAGACAGCCGCCCUGGUGCGGCAGCUCCAGAAGCAGCUUUCUAGUAAUCAGCCACAGCAAGGAGUGGCUCCCUAUGGACACUCUUCACACUUCUGAAUCUGGAAGAGAAGACACGGCGUUUUAUGUUUGCACUGAGAAAUAGAAAAUCAAGUUUAAUUUACUAGUCAUCCUAGAAAUGUCCCUCUGGCCUUUUAGUUCUUUGAUAUUUUCCCAUACUUUAUGCUAAAUUUCAUACAAAGGUAUUUAAACAAAAAGUAAAAGAGAAAUUGUGGUUCAGUUUUGUUACAUUUAACUUUAAAGUAGGCUUUAAAAGAUGGAUCAUGCGGGCCUACUCCAGGACGAAGGUGGGAGCAGACCUUUUGAAAUUGGUGCUUUUUUCUUUGAUUGUCAUACUUACGGAAGAAUGAGUUAUGGUGGGUUUAAAUAUUUAUGUAUUCAUUAUUGAUGAAAUUGGGGGUUUUUGUUUGUUUUUUAAAUACACCAUGGUGGACCAAACUACUGAUUUGAAAGUCAUGCCAGGUCCUGACAGGAAAGUGACCCAUUCAUUCUGCAUUCACCUGUGCUGGUGAAAUGGACAUUUAUUUGCAUCACUCUAAUUUGAAAUGUUUGUAACUUCAUAAGCACUUUAUAAACUUUAUUCUUAUUUAUAUAGGACUUUUAUUUUUGUUGUGGUCAAAAGGUGCUGAAACAGAUUGUUGCUUAGUACCUAAACUUCAACCAAGGCUUCUGUGAAAACCACCAUAAGAUACGUGGAAGCAUAUUAGAAGUAACUGCACUUGAAUUUAUUAUUAGUGACAAGAUCAUUGACCAGAGUCUUUGUGAAGGUACAACAUGUAAUCCUGAAGGCCCAGAACAGUGGAAUUGUUCUAUUUAUUUACUGCCAAUUUUGGCAAAAAAAAUGACUGUCCAUAAGGUUUUCCAGAACCUUACACCAACUCCAGAAGUAAAGAAAACCAUCUCGAAGCUGGCCUGAGGUUCCACAGUGCUCAAACUUGACAUGGUUUCCAGAGGCUCUGGCACCAAAGUUGAGAAGGCUCUGGUUUUCAUGAAAGGUAUAUUUACUGUUUAUUUUGUAUGGUAAGUAUUUGCUAUUUUGAAUUUAAAUAUUCCUGUUGGUGUCAGUCUUGGUUGUGUAUUGCAUAUACUGUAUUUAUAAAUUGGUGCAAAAAGCACAAGUAAAGUAAAUUAUACAUCAAAUUUAUUAUAAAGAAAUAGUAACUAUUUUAACUUUGUUCAAGUAUGUGGUAAUUUGCUCCUAUUAGAGUAAAAAAUACAGUAAAUUAUCAGUUUGUGUAACUUAA